UCAGUACAUUUCUUAUGAGAACAAUUAAGAUACGUCUUUCCAUCUUUCUUUUUUUUUUAACUAUGUAACUGCUCCAUCUAUCGAGAAAAUGUAGUAACAUUUCCACUUGAAAGAAAAUCCUAAAUUUUAGUUUGACAUGUAACGUAUGCGUUUUUAUUGCAUUUUUUCGCAAAUCUUCUCGCUCUUAUUAACACUUUGAACAAUUUUUUGAGAUAUAUGCAGAUAAAUAAAAAUAACGUUGCGUUCCACAUUUGUGUAUCUGAUGUAACAAAGAUAUAGGUUAUAAUUUUCAGAUUGUUGAUACGAUGGAUUUGUCAAAAAUACCAAAUGAUAAAAAAUUGUAUCUUUGUAAAUGGUAUUUUAGAGCUGGAUUUGUUUUUCUACCGUUUCUUUGGGCUGUGAAUGCUAUUUGGUUUGCAAAAGAAGCUUUUGUUGAACCGCAUUACGAGGAACAAAAACAAAUUAAGAGAUAUGUAAUAUUUUCUGCAAUUGGAGCAACUAUAUGGUCAGCUGCUCUUUUAGCAUGGAUCGUUACAUUUCAAACACAAAGAGCAGCAUGGGGUGAAUUUGCAGAUUCUAUUAGUUACAUAAUUCCAACUGGCAUUCCUUGAUAUUAAGAUAUACUUAUUUUUAUUUAAUUGUUUAUGGGUGACUUAUUAUAAUAUAUAUUUUUAAUUUGUGAAAUAAAGUUGUUUCUUUCUU